AUGCACCUGAGGGUCCCACGACAAUCAUUACAGCCCCAUUAUUUGUAUAAUGUGCGGCUCAAGAAGGAUCCAGAGAGUGAAGAUUUUGAGCUGAAUGUAGUGUCAGCUUGGGCUUUAGGAUACACAGGAAAAGGGGUAGUGGUGUCAGUCAUAGAUGACGGCAUUGAGAAGAGUCACCCAGAUAUUUUGGGCAACUAUGACCCACAGGCCAGCUAUGACAUGAAUGAUAAUGAUGACAACCCUGAACCUCGAUACACACUAAAAAAUGAAAACAGUCAUGGGACACGCUGUGCUGGACAAGUGGCUGCUGUGGCAAAUAAUGGAGUGUGUGGAGUUGGGGUAGCAUUUCAAGCUAAGAUCGGAGGGGUUCGGAUGUUGGAUGGUCAUUUGACUGACCUAAUAGAGGCCAAGUCUCUAAACUUCAACCAACAGCAUAUUGAUAUAUAUAGUGCCAGUUGGGGACCUGAAGACAAUGGCAAGAUUGUGGAUGGGCCAAGCUUCUUGACCCAGGAGGCUUUCAUCAGAGGCAUAAACAAUGGCCGUGGAGGUUUGGGUUCGAUAUAUGUUUGGGCCUCUGGGAAUGGCGGCAUCAACUAUGACAACUGUAACCUUGAUGGUUAUGUCAAUAGCAUUUACACACUGUCUGUCAGCAGUGCCACAGAGAGGGGAACUGUGCCUGUCUACAGUGAGCCUUGUUCCGCCAUUCUAACGACUACCUACAGCGGCGGCAGCCUGCAUCACCGCAAAACUGUCACAACAGACCUGCGGCACUCUUGUACCUCAUCUCAUACUGGAACGUCUGCAUCCGCCCCUUUGGCUGCUGGGAUCAUCGCACUGGCUUUAGAGGCAAACCCUACACUGACCUGGCGUGACGUGCAGCACAUCACAGUUCGAGCUUCCAGACCAGCAAAUCUGCGAGUGAAUGACUGGCAUAUAAAUGGAGCAGGCAGACCUGUUAGCCAUUAUUACGGGUUUGGACUGCUCGACGCUGGGAUGUUUGUGGACCUGGCCAGGAAAUGGAAACCUGUUAGACCUCAAAGGAAGUGCCUCAUUGAUGUCAUCACCAGACCCCUUGAACUACAUGGGGAUUUAGUGCUGAAGUGGAAUGUGACAGCAUGCCUGAGAACCAGAAACUGGAUUUCAUCGCUGGAACAUAUCCAAGCAAGACUCACACUGAGCUACAUCCGACGUGGAGAUCUGAUUAUUGUUCUCAUGAGCCCCUCGGGAACACCCUCCGUCUUGACCACUGUCAGGCCUCUUGAUAAAUCUCAUAAGGGAUACACCAACUGGGCCUUCAUGAGUACGCACGCCUGGGACGAGGAACCCAGUGGAGAAUGGGCCCUCAAAAUAGUGAAUAUCAGAGGCUGGUCCAGCACAGGUAUCUUGUCAAAGUUCCAACUACAGCUUUAUGGGACAGAGGAGAAUAUGAGAGGACGUCGCACAGAGCGCGCAGUGGUUCAGCAGUGUUCAGUUCUCAAUUCCGAUGGUACUUGUAAAGAAUGCAUCUAUCCUUUAUACAAGUUUGAGAACAUCUGCUUGGUCUCCUGCCCCCCUCGUUAUUACGAAUGGGGCAGUAACAGCACCGACUCAAUUCGUCUUUGCCAGCCGUGCCACAAAAGCUGUCAAACAUGCUUUGGUCCAUGGGAAAAUAAUUGCCUGGAUUGUCCCCCAUACUCCACCUUGGACCUUCAGUUGGGAACAUGCAGCGCCGUUGUCUACCCCUGGGACCACAGAGGCAAGAUCAUGGAUGACGUGAAACAGUCAACUACCAUGCUCGGCAUUCUUGUGGGGGGCUUGCUGUCACUCAUAUGUCUCUGUUGGGUGCUCAUGUGGAUAGCGAGCAGAGUAAUACGCUCGCGAACGGCAGCGAGGAACCAGGUGAGCCAGAGUGGCUAUGCCAGUGAGGUCAGAGACAUUGAGAUGGCAACUUUUAACCUGGAGGAAACCCAGUCUGCAUAAAAC